UUAGCGCCGAAGAGCAGCCUGGGAUGAAACGGAUCGAGUUGAGGCGAAAUAAUUAAGUUUGACGACUCAAAACCGCUUUAAAUUGCAAAGGUUUGUGAGUUCGAUCCAUUUGUUGGUCUUGUUCGUACCUUCAUUGGUACACUUUACUGUGAGCGAGGUCGUCAGAUUUAUAUUACUUCCUGCUCCUGGGUGGCAGUGCUGUGAGGAACUGAAGAGAUGGAUCAGAACAACAGUAUACCACCCUUUCAGGGACUGGCAUCCCCUCAGGGUGCCAUGACCCCUUUGCCAAUGUUCAGUCCUAUGAUGCCCUAUGGUUCGGGCCUGACACCCCAGCCAGUACAGAACACAAACAGUUUGUCUAUACUUGAGGAACAGCAGAGGCAACAACAGCAGCAGCAGCAGCAACAAGCAGCAGCAGCAGCACAGCAGACCAACACAGGCCUUCCAGGGUCAUUGGGGCAGGCUCCUCAACUGUUUCAUUCCCAGACAGUAACAGGUUCAACCAUAACAGCGCUCCCAGGAAAUACCCCGUUCUCUAACACCCCAGUGACCCCCAUGACUCCCGUCACACCAGCUACACCAGCCUCAGAGAGCUCUGGGAUUGUACCACAGUUACAAAACAUAGUAUCUACUGUAAAUCUGGGCUGUAAACUGGAUCUGAAGACAAUCGCCCUGAGAGCCAGAAAUGCAGAGUACAACCCAAAGCGUUUUGCUGCUGUCAUUAUGAGAAUACGAGAACCUAGGACCACUGCUCUCAUCUUCAGUUCUGGGAAGAUGGUCUGUACUGGAGCCAAAAGUGAGGAGCAGUCGAGGUUAGCAGCUAGAAAAUAUGCACGUGUGGUGCAGAAGCUCGGGUUCCCCGCCAAGUUUCUGGACUUCAAGAUUCAGAACAUGGUGGGCAGCUGUGAUGUGAAGUUCCCAAUUCGACUGGAGGGGUUAGUCCUCACACAUCAGCAGUUUAGCAGUUAUGAGCCCGAGCUGUUCCCAGGAUUGAUUUACAGGAUGAUCAAACCCAGAAUUGUUCUCCUCAUUUUUGUUUCUGGAAAAGUAGUACUUACAGGAGCCAAAGUAAGAGCUGAGAUCUACGAAGCAUUUGAAAACAUUUACCCCAUUCUGAAAGGAUUUCGCAAAACAACGUAGAACCUGGAAAUUCUUUCAUACUUUCCCAACUUUUGUUUUUUUUUCUUWAAGCCUCUUAUAUCUUUUUUUAACUUUGAAGUACAAUUAAAUGUUAACCACCACAGUUGGACUGUUGCACAAGAUUGUGACAUUAUCCCUUUUUUUCAGUUAUUUGUUUUAAAUGUGAUUUUAGAGGUCAUUUUUCAGAUCACGUAUAGGAUUUUAAAUUUACAUGUUUUUUUUUUUUUGUUUUUUCUCCAUCACAGACAUAAUUGUACAUAAGACUGUAAGAAAAUGUAAAAUAUUGAUGAGAAGAAAAGCAGUUUAAAUUAGAUCGUUCCGCUCUAUUUGAAACUGUUUUUAAUACUUUUGUACAGUGUUUUUUGUAUUUUUUUUUUCAUUUUAACAUCGUUUUAUUGACACGCUUAAAUUCGCCAAACUUUUAACUUCCUAAUCAUUUAUGCCCUUAAAUUAAUCUACGUAUUACAGAAAAAGAUUUAAUCAGGUUGUUUGCUUCUCCAGAGUUUUAUUUACCUUUUUAAUUUGGGUAUAUUACAGACAUUAAUAUGUUACAGAUUAGAGUUGGUUUAACAAACUUUCUAUUGAAAGAAAAGGUCUGUUUUAAUUACAGAGAAGUAUUUAAUGGUUAAACUUGAGCGUGUACAUAUAUUUUUCUAUUUUAAUUGUGAAGAAGUGACUCUGACCGAAAACUAAACACAAGUUAAAACUUUUGAACCACCUAGAUUUCUGUCAUGUAGAGCAACCAGAAUAAAAAAAAAGCUAUGCCUGUUUUAUUUACAUUUUAUAUCAAGCACUCAGUGGCAGUAUGUUGGCAGAAAAUGUUUAAUUUUUUUAAAGUUUAUAUAAAUUUGGUCCAUUUCAAAUUUUGUAUGAGUGUUGGUUGUUGUAGCUUUUUCUGGUUGUCUUUUUAUUUGGACAAUUAUUUUAAAGUGAAUGUGCACUGAGCACUUGUGUGUUAAACACAACCAGCCUCUCUGACGACCAUCUWAAUAUUUUGCAGUCAACCAGUUCACUGUUUCGUACAAAGUGCAUUUGGGUGACGUGAAUUCAGUUGGUGUCUGUUUCAGCUGACUUUAGUUCUGUCGAUUCAUAAAGCUUCUUGUAUGAAACUCUUCUGAAACUGUUCAUKUGCUGCCCAGUGCAUUAAUAAAUCUGUACAUACUGACGUAA